AAAAAAAUCUCUUAACUCAUCUUUCUCCUCACACAUAACACAUUACCCACGCGCGCAGAGAAAGCAUCAAUCAACACCAUGUCUGACGAAGAACAUCACUUUGAACCCGCUGCCGAUGCCGGAGCAUCCAAAACCUAUCCUCAACAGGCCGGUACUAUUCGCAAGAAUGGUUACAUCGUCAUCAAGUCCAGGCCUUGCAAGGUUGUUGAGGUUUCUACUUCAAAAACAGGAAAGCAUGGACAUGCAAAGUGUCACUUUGUUGCUAUUGAUAUCUUCAAUGGGAAAAAACUUGAAGAUAUUGUUCCUUCGUCCCACAAUUGUGAUGUUCCUCAUGUGAAUCGUACUGAUUAUCAGUUGAUUGAUAUCUCUGAAGAUGGAUUUGUGAGUUUGUUGACUGACAAUGGAAGUACCAAGGAUGAUUUGAAGCUUCCUACUGAUGAUUCACUACUUACUCAGAUUAAAGAUGGAUUUGCUGAUGGAAAAGAUCUCGUGGUUUCUGUCAUGUCUGCGAUGGGUGAAGAGCAGAUAUGUGCUCUGAAGGACAUUGGUCCUAAGUAGUAAUUUUUCGUAUGAUUGUGUGCUCAAUAAAACUUGUCAAUGUGGAAAAGAGUUUGAAACUCAUAAAACUUGGUGUGGAGAAAAGUACCAUAUUUAUCCUGUCUCUUUAGUUAUUGAACUCUCUGGUUUUGGCCAGAUGAAUUCUUUAAGUGCCCCUUGUAACUUUAUAUUUUUUUUGUUGAGUUUAAUAUUGAACCCUAUCUCUCCUCUGUGCUCUUUUCAACUAAUUGAUGGAGAAAAAUAAAUUUAGGAUAAUGUGUGUGAUGUAUUGUGCACUGGAUAUGCGCUCAAAGAUUUGAUAUCAUUAUUGUACCAACAGCUUUAUAA